CCUCCAAGCCAAGACCCCUGGUUCCAACCUCCAGCGGACUGGCAAUCCAAAGCCCCCGGCACCGUCUUAAAAGUACGCAAAUCUCCCUAUACAAACAUCACGAUCCGAAACUGCAUCGAUACUUUCCAAGUCCAGUAUCGAACCUCAGAUACGCACAACAACGCCUCCUGGGGCCACGCAACGCAAUUCAUCCCCGCCUCGCACGCCAACUGCACCGCCUCCCGCCCCGAAACCUGCGCCCACGGCAUCGUCUCCUACGAGAUCCCCUACGAUAGCGCCGAUCCGGACGCGACUCCCAGCUACCUGCUCCAAUGGGGCGAGCCGUACGGCGAGAUGGCGGACCUGCUCGCGAACGGCUGGUUCGUCUCUGUGCCUGACUACGAGGGACCUCUUUCUUCUUACUGCGCGGGCGUCCAGUCCGGGCACUCGACGCUUGAUUCUGUGCGCGCUGUUUUGCAGGUUGCGAGUGAGUUUGGGAUCAGUAAUGGUACUGCUAAGGCUGCGUUGUGGGGGUACAGUGGUGGUGCGAUGGCUACUGGAUUUGCGGCCGAGCUGGCUGCUUCUUAUGCCCCGGACCUCCACCUCGCGGGCGUCGUUGAGGGUGGCACGGUGCCGAAUAUCACUUCUGUCGGUAAACUCAUGAACGGGAAAGACACCGCAGGCCUCCUGGUCGCCGGCAUCGUAGGCAUCACGUCCCAGCACGCCACCGCGCGCGCCUACCUCCUCUCGCGGCUCAAAACCACCGGCGAAUUCAACAUAACGGGCUUCCUGGACGCGACAUCCAUGACGGGCGUCCAGGCGCUGCUCAAUUACAUGUACCAGGACGUAUACGGCUACUUCCUCGGCGGCGAACAAGACUUUCAUGAUCCGAGAGUGACGCAGAUGUACGAAUCCGACGCGGUGAUGGGCCGGCACGGGACGCCGGAUAUGCCGCUGUUUAUCUACAAAGCGAUACAGGACGAGAUGAGCGCUGUCAACGAAACGGACGCACUGGUCCAGGGCUUCUGUGAGAAAGGUGCGAAUGUGCUGUAUCAUCGGAAUAGUAUCGGGGGCCAUAAUCAGGAGUUGUGGCAGGGGAGAGCGAGGGCGAUGGAUUUUUUGCGGAUGGUGUUGGAUGGGAAGAGUGCGAAUGAGACGAGUAGUGGGGCGUUGGUGGAGAUGCCGGAAAAGGGGUGUAGGAUCGUGAAUGUUACCAUUGCGGUUAAUGUUACG